AUGGAGCCGCCGCGGAGCCUCCCGGGGCUGGAGCGGGAGCGGGCGGCGCUGGACGCGGCCGGGGGGUGCCCGUCCCCGCUGGACGCCAGGGCCGUGCCCGGCAGGAAGGUCUGGGUCAAGCUGCGGGCGCUGCUCCGUUUCCUGCUCAAGCAGCUCGAGGCGGGCGAGGUGAACGUGGAGGAGCUGAAGCGCAACCUGGAGUACGCGGCGUCGCUGCUGGAGGCCGUGUGCAUCGACGAGACCAGGCAGGUGCUGGACACGGAGGACGAGCUGCGGGACAUGGGCUCGGACGCGGCCGUGCCCUCCGAGGUGCGCGACUGGCUCGCCGCCACCUUCACGCAGCAGGCGCGGGCCAAGGGCCGCCGCGCCGAGGAGAAACCCAAAUUCCGCAGCAUCGUGCACGCCGUGCAGGCCGGCAUCUUCGUGGAGAGGAUGUUCCGCCGGAUGUACACGGCCGUGGGGCCCAGCUACUCCUCCUCCGUCCUCAACUGCCUGAAGGGCCUGGACCAGUGGUGCUUUGACGUGUUCUCGCUGCACCGCGCGGCCGAGGAGCACUCGCUGCGCACGGUGGUGUUCGAGCUCUUCACCCGCCACAACCUCAACAGCCGCUUCAAGAUCCCCGGCGCGUUCCUGACGUCGCUGCUGGAGGCGCUGGAGGGCGGCUACGGAAAGUUCCGGAACCCCUACCACAACCAGGUGCACGCGGCCGACGUCACCCAGACCGUGCACUGCUUCCUGCUGCGCACCGGCAUGCUGCACUGCCUGUCCGAGAUCGAGCUCCUGGCCAUCGUCUUCGCCGCCGCCAUCCACGACUUCGAGCACACGGGGACAACGAACAGCUUCCACAUCCAGACCAAGUCGGACACGGCCAUCCUGUACAACGACCGCUCGGUGCUGGAGAACCACCACAUCAGCGCCGUGUUCCGCCUGAUGCAGGACGAGGAGCUCAACAUCUUCGUCAACCUCACCAAGGACGAGUUCGCCGAGCUGCGGGCGCUGGUCAUCGAGAUGGUCCUGGCCACCGACAUGUCCUGCCACUUCCAGCAGGUCAAGUCCAUGAAGACGGCGCUGCAGCAGCUGGAGAGGCUGGACAAGGCCAAGGUGCUGUCGCUGCUGCUGCACGCGGCCGACAUCAGCCACCCCACCAAGCAGUGGGCGGUGCACAGCCGCUGGACCAAGGCGCUCAUGGAGGAGUUCUUCCGGCAGGGGGACAAGGAGGCCGAGCUGGGGCUGCCCUUCUCGCCCCUCUGCGACCGCACCUCCACGCUGGUGGCCCAGUCGCAGAUCGGGUUCAUCGACUUCAUCGUGGAGCCGACGUUCUCGGUGCUCACCGACGUGGCCGAGAAGUUGGUGACGCCGCUGCCCGAGGACGGCUCCAAGGCCAAGGGCAACCCCGCGGCCACCCAGCAGCCCAGCUCGCAGUGGCGGCAGCCGUCCCUGGAUGAGCACCUGGAGGACAUCAAGGCCGACCUGGCCGGGUUCCGCUCCACCUGGACCAAGCACAUCCAGGAGAACAAGCAGAAGUGGAAGGAGAGGGCGGCCAGCGGCAUCACCAACCAGGCGUCCAUCGAUGAGCUGUCCCCGUGCGAGGAGCCCGCGGCCACCACCGGGACACACAGCGAGAACGGGGACGUGGAUUAGCGGGGGGAGGAGCCAGGUCCCUGUCCAGCUGAGUGACACCGUCUCAGUGACACCGUCUUGUCUUCGAUGCCAUCGAGUUCAGAACCAUCUGUGCCAGGAGCCCCCGGGGCCGGGCUCGGAUCGGUGUCGCCCCUGUGCCAGGCCCGGUGUCACCUUUGUGCCAGGCCUGGUGUCACCGCCAUGCCAGGCUUGGUGUCACCCCUGUGCCAGGCUUGGUGUCACCACUGUGCCAUGACCGGUGUCACCCCUGUGCCAGGCCCGGUGUCACCGCCAUGCCAAGACUGGUGUGACCGCUGUGCCAGGCCUGGUGUCACCGCCGUGCCAGGAGCCCCCCCGGGCUGUCCCCUCUGUCCCAGUGUCACCGGUCCCUCACUGCCACCCCCCGGCCCCCCGCACCGGGCUCAGUCCUUUGGGAUUUUUAAAAACGCUUUUCCUGCUCGGGAGGGGCUGGG